AUGGCGCUCCCCGCAUCCUCUCCGGCCGCCCACUCCUCCGCGUUCGGCUCGCCCGCCACGGCACCCGCCUCGCGGCCUUCGCGGCGGGCCAAGCGGGGUGAGUUCGGGAGACGCCUUGCGGUGAUCGGCGUGGGCGCAUUCCUGCUGCUGUGGCUCGCCACGUGGUUUGGCGACGACUGGGACGGCGGUUUCGCAGAACCCGGCCACGUGGCGCCUCAGAACGACGACAGUGACGGUGACGGGGACGGUGACGUGGCUGUACCGGGCAGCAUUCCGCAAUCCCCGCCGCGAUUCAUCCUCUACCGCAUGAUCGGGAACGACAUUCCGCCGCUGCAGUGCGACGGGCAGCUGUACGAGAACACGCUGUACGCGUUACAGCACGAGCCGAGGCGGCUGGCGGGGUGCCGGCGCGUGUGGGUGGUGAACAACGUGGUGAACGAAACUUCGGAGCGCCUGGUGGUGCGCGCGCUCAAGGCGCACGGGUACGGGGACGAGGACAUCAUAGUGCGGCGAGUCAACUACAGCCACGUGGCCCAGCUUCCCGAGGACCAAUGGGGUGCAGCCGUGUCAGCGCAGAACGAGGCGCGCAACGCGAUGCUGGAGCACGGGCAGGCGUCUGGGGCGCGGUGGAUCCUGCCGUGGGAUGGCAACCAGUUCCUCACGCGGGAGGCAUGGCACCGCAUCGUGGCAGCUGCUGACCGCUAUGAGGCCCAGGGCCUCACCGUGUUCAAGGUGGCGAUGGUGAAGGUGCAGAGCGUGCAGCAGCCGGCGUGGCUGAACGCCUCGUCGCUGUUCCGCCACAUCCGCCCGCACGCCCCCGGGCAGUGGGAGAGCCAAGUGGCCUUCCGCAACGACUCCCCUCACCGCUUCAAACAAG